AUGACAGUCGAUGAAUAUUCAAAAUUAAUAGCCAAAUGGCAAGAAGCAUAUUAUGCAUGGAAUAACAGUUAUGUUACUUAUUAUAAUAUGAUGAUGUUUAAUUCAUUGGUACAACAACUACCUGUUCUUACAGGUGUUAAUCUUCUUACAACGACUACUGAAAUAAAUCAUCCAGUACCUGUUGAUCCUUUAGCAGAUAUUAGAAAUGCACGUUUAAAAGUUGCAUCAAUCUGGCGUCGUUUUCUAGCUGAAGCAAUUGAUUUUAUUCUUUUACAUGCAUUUAAAAUUCUUAUCAUAUUUAUUCUUUCAAAUUAUUUACAUUUAAUUGAUGCAAGUCGACUUACACUUAAUUAUAUGAUAUCAAGUUUAAUUUAUGAUGAAACUCUAUCAUUUCCAAUUGAACUUAUUUGUGUUGAACUUGCAUAUUUAAUAGGAAGCAUUGCAUUUGAGAGUUUUUGUCUUACACGUUAUGGUGCAACACCAGGUAAACGUCUUUUUCGUUUACGUGUUCUUAAAUGUGAUCAUCUUCAAAUACAAGAAAAUGGUGAUGUUACUAUUGAACCUGGUACAAUACUUGAUAGUGCAGCAGCAUUAACUCGUUCAUCAUUUAAGACUCUUAUGUCAACAUUUUUAUUUCCAGCUAUUAUUGUUGCUUUAUUAACAUCACAAAAUCGUCAAACAAGUUAUGAUAUGGCUGCUAAUACUGUUGUUGUUGAAUUUCAACGUCGACAGUAA